AUGAGCAUCUACGACCGCAUCGUUGCGAGGCAGGAGCAGGUGACGGUGACCGAGACGGAACGGCAGACUAUUACUGUUGGGGGUGACGGCGCGGCGGGUGCGGUUGGGAACGCGACUGAGACGGUGACCAUCACAGAGACUGUUGGAGCGGAUGGUGCUGCGGCUGUUACUGUCACGGCGCCGCCGGUAACGGUUACGGUCUGUAAUGGGCAGGUUCAGGAAGGGGGAGAAGCUGCUCAACCGAGCGAGGGAGAUGUUCCGCCUCCCGCUGAGGGCGUCGAGGCCACGGCUACUGCUCCGGAUGGAGCCGUUGGAGCUAUCGAAACCGGAGCCGACCCGGUUGCUACGCCUACGCCCGCCACCGACGGUCUUGCCUCGGGUGGUGUUGGUGUCGUUGUUGUGCAGGUUCCUACCGAAGCCAUUGUCACCAGCGCGGUUGAAACCGGGCCUCCUGCGGUUCCAACCGAGGAGGCACCACCCGCUGCUGACCCAGCCGUGACCGACCCUGCCGCUGCCGAUCCCGCCGUCACCGAAGCCCCCGCCGCCGGUAGUGACGCACCCGACACCCUUCUCCCUCUCCCGACCGAAGACGCCAACCCCCCAGCCGAAGGCAACCCCGAGCUCCUCCCUCCUCCCGGCCUCUCCACCGAAGAACCCGCCGCCGCCGAGCCCACCGUCGACCCCGUGCCCGGCGUUGUCCUUUCAGAGAGCACCACCACCACUGCCGCCGAAGCAGGCGCUGAACCCACCCUCGCCCCUCUCCCCGGCCUAGACCCCAACGCAGGCGACGCCGCCUCCUCUCUUGCGCCCCUCCCUGGUUUGGAAUCCUCUACCGCUGAGGCCCUCCCAGUCGAAACCCCCACUUCCACCGAGGGCGCCGCUCCAGCAGAGACUACACCUGCUGAGGAGUCCGCCCCAGCAGAGGAAACCGCUGCUCCAACAACCCCACCCCCACCAGCAGCCGCCUCAUCCCUGGACUCGACCCUCAGCCUCGCAAACCCCACCCCCACCGUCCCCUUGAUCCCAGAAGGGGCCUUUGGCGGUGUCGCAAGCCUCAUCCCCAUCGCUUCGGCCGAGGCCCCGCCCCCACCGGCAGCCACCACACCAGCCGUUGCGAACGGUGCGGCAGAGGGCGUGAAUAAUGGUGGUGCUGCUGUGCCGGUGGUGGAUAUCGACCUGGAGGGUGUGAAGCUGGAGAGCCAGUUGAACUUGGGGGGAUUGGUGCAGGCUACUGCUGCUGCUGCUGCUGUUGCCAUUUAA